AUGAAUAUGAACAUGAAGCUCCUGGCUAUGCGUGGUUACAAAUAUGUAGAGAGCAAGGCUGAGUAUUUUGACGACGUGAAUUACGAGUUGCUCACAGUUGAAGCUUUGUAUAAGCUAAUUGACAAGACUGGGUAUUGUAGGUCACAUAAAUUGUUCUAUCUUGUGCCAGAUGAUGUGGGCACUCCCAAGUUUAAAAGGAUUGAAGAUGAUGAAGAUAUCGGUAGACUAAUUGAGAUGAAGACUCCCCACGGGUUGGUGGAAGUUUUCAGGAUAGCUUCAACUGAGUUUAAUCCAUUCAUGAAGAGUGUCCGGGUUGAUAAUGAGAUGGAUAGUAAUGAAGAUGAGGACAGUGAAGAUGAAGACUAUGUUGAUACUGAAUUUGAGAUGAGUGAAGAUGAUGAAGAUUUUAGGAAAUAUGUCGAUGAAAGGCUGGAAUCGACUACAUGGUGCUCAUAUAGAAGUGAAUCAGAGUUUGUACGGCAUGAGGAUGUUGGGGUGGGAACUGGUAGUGGGGAGAAUGAGAGUGAUGAUGAUUGUGGGUCUUGUGAUGAUCUGCACAGCAUAGCUGGAAGUGAUGAAGAUAAUGAUAGUGAAUGCCAUGAACAGAAAAACCUAGUGUUUGACCCGGAGAAAGACAUGGGGAACCCAAAAUUUCAGCUGCAUCAGCAAUUUGCAACCAAGUGGAUUUUAUUGGCAGCUCUAAGACAACAUAGAAUAAAGGAAAGGAGAAAGAUCAAUUUUCAGAAAAAUGAUAAGAAGUUUGUCAGAGGAUGCCGUGAGAAUUGCAAUUGGGAGAGGAACAAGAAGAAGAGGGACUGGAUCAAGAAAAACUUUGUUGUUAUUGGUCCAAAGAUUUUUGAAAGGUUGGAGACCUACAAGGAUAAAGCCAUAGGAUUUAGCUGCGAAUAUGCUGGAAAUGGGAAGUAUGAGGCACCAGUGGAUCCACCUCAGCCAAAAAAGAAAGGCAGGCCUCCGAAAGCUAAAAUAACUGCCAACAAUGCCGAACCACGUGUUGGUCAAAAGAGGAGAAGGGGGUUUACACCUAUGUUUGAGAUCAGUGACGUUUUUCCAAGUUUGAUGAUGACAGUGUUGUUGUUGCAACUGCAGGAAAUAAGAGAUGCAGAAGCAAACAUGGCUGCUGGAAGGCCACAUGAUGAAAUACCGCCACUUUGCGAGUGUUGUGAUCAAUAUGGCCACACAGCCGACACAUGCGAAGUUAUGGAUUUUUGUAAUUGGAUGCAAGAUAACAACAUGGACACGGAGCGUGGUGGUGCUGGCCAAACUAUUGGACCAGAAAACAGUGAACCAACAAAUGACACAACUGCAGAUGAUGUCAUUUUGCUUGACGAGUUUGACGCAAAUACCCCCCACUGUAGUUGGCACGAUGCAUUUGGCCAUCAUACUGACCAUUGUCCUCAGAACUUUGUCAAGUGUGAUUACUGCCCGCAAUAUGGUCACACUAAAGUGGAUUGCCCAGAAUUUGAGUCCAAAUCUGCUGCUAUUGAGGGACUUGGUGGGUCAGUUUGCACCAACUUAGACGGUGAUUUUCAUGCUGCUAUUCAUGGUAUUAUCAACAAACUCAGGCGGCCACAGAAUGAUCCAAUUGUGGAGGACACUCCAAAUGUUGACAACUUGCAACAUACAUUCGAAGUUUCGCAGGGUGUUAAAAGUUCUGAGCGAUUUGCAUCUGUUAUGAAACUGGGGCGAAUGAAACAUGCAACUGGUGCGGGUGAUUUGGGUCAUCACCAAACGGGACAAACCGCAGCUGUUACUGCACAGGUCAUAUUCUCAUCUGAGGAACCAGGUGUGUCGAACGCAAUGAAGAAGGAAAAAAAGGCAAACAAAAACGUUUGUGCUCCCAUUAAGAGAAGGUGCAGUGCCAGGCUGAAAGCUACCCAUGCUUUGAAGCAAAAGAAUGAUGGACUUGGAGAGACUGCGGCUGAGCCUGUCGUGUUGGAUGUCGAGUGCCCAAAACAAACAAAGAAGCCAAAAUCUACCAAAGCUUCUAUUCUCCGAAACUGUCGUAUGGAGAUGGUUGUUAAAUAUGGGUUCUAUUUUGGACAUGUUGCUUGCCAUAAUCAGGUUUAA